GGCUUUUUUUUGUUUGUCUGAUCUGUAAGUUUUAAGCUAUGAGCUCCUCAGAUUCUCUCAAAUCAACCCCUUUGAAGUCCAAGGCUUCUCGGAGCCUAACCUCGAAAUCUCCGGUUUCCAAAACCCCGGAAAAGAACUCCUCUCGGCUCCCCAACCGUGCUUGUAACCGUGAAGUCGCCCUCUCCGCUAAGGAGAUCCGGCAAGUGGCUCAGACUCGAUCCAAAGCUUCUACCCUCCAGAUCAAGUCAGCCCGAAAGCAGAUCUUAUCCUGGCCCACUGAAUCUCCACCACCCAAAGCCUCCGGUGGCCGUCCCGAUAAACUCCCUGAAAAGUACGAGAUAUUGUGUGAGUUUUACGAUAGUUUAGAUUCUGCAAUCCGGCUGCUAAGAUUGAAGGGGUCAAUGCCCACUUUUACAAAUAUCAGCCCCAAAAUAGAGUGUUUAACUGAUAGGAGGUUUUUAUACAGUCACUUGGCUCAACUAAAGCAUAUUUUAGCGGAGGCGAUUGAGAUAAAGAGAAUUCUUGUGUUUGAUGAGAUGACUAGUUGUAUGAAACCAGAUCUCCACGUAAGCAUCAUUCUGGAUGCGAUUGACUUUGGGGACAACUUAAAAUCCGAGACUAAGAAUCUGAGGUUAAGGAAGGUUUUUCGAGCUCGUCUUGUGGACUAUAGCAAGGCUCAUCCUGAGGGUGAUGAAAUUCCAGAAGAAGAUCUCCCAGAGCCGUUCAAUCGGUCAAAGCAGAAUUUGCAACUGAAUGCAUCAUCAAUUGAUACACUCACUGAGAAGAAAACUUUGGCAAUGCAAGGUGAAGUUAUUCAAGAGGAAGUAGAGCCACAUCCUUCCAAUCAUACAAAGUUCAAUUCAAAGCUAGCUCCGGAGACUUUAUCUGGUUUCGUUAAUGACCAGCAACCUGUGGUAGCAUCACAUGUAUCUAGAUCAUUUAGAAAGCGCUUUUCCCUGAAAACCACAAGCAAAGCUCAGGAAGCUUUGCAAAAAUGUUCAGAUUUUCAAGUACCAGAUGUAUGUACCGACAGAUCUGCCUCCAGUGGUGACACUACCUUUGCUCCAACUCCAUCCCCAACAAAGCUUUUAUCUAAACAAACUACCAGUGAGACAUAUCCAAAAAAUUGCCUCCCUGCAACUCCAAUCAAAGAGUUAAAACCGUUAAAAACUGCAGAUGAGUCCCCUAUGAAAGCUGUUAAUAUUGAUUCCACUCCUGUGAAACUCGCUUCAACUCCUGCCAGGCUGAUGAUGGCCACACCUACUCUACAGUCACAAAAGAGAUGUUACAUGAGCCCAGAUGAGGUUUCUGUUACUUCAUCAAGCAAGCUGGUACGCCGACCACCACGUACCAGGUCCUUGAAAUUUGACACUCCCCUGAAGGAAGAGAAACUUGUUGGUGAAGUGCAAGAAAUGGCAGGCAAACCAGUUGAUAAUGAUGAAGAUGAUGUUCUUUCUAUUUUGACUGAAAGCCUUCAGCACUCGACAAGGGAGAAAGAGAGGAAAGCAUUGGAGGAGCGAGAUCCAGCAAUCUCGGAAGCAAAGAGACGGCAACAAAUGAUUGCCUGCCUACCUAAUCUCUUCAACAUGAUUCACUAUUUUUUCCAGUCCAUAAAUUGGUCGGUUAUUACAAAAGAGGAGCUUAUGCACAAACUAAUUGCUGGUCAUUGUGAUAUUGCAGAUAGAGGAGAAGUUGAAGAACAGUUAAAACUGUUGCAAGAGCUAGCUCCAGAAUGGAUAUAUGAAAAGAUGGCCUCUGCUGGGGAUUUACUUGUUUGCAUCAAUAAAGUGGCAAGCCCAGAAUCAAUACGAAUGUGUCUCCAGGAGGCAAAAUGAGAGGAGAAUCAGUGCUGUGUUUCAUUAAAUUAUUAAUAUUAACAGCUGGAGUUUGAAGUUUCCGCGUAGCUUCAGCUUUUGUACACAAUUUAGAUGUAUGUAUAACCCAUAUUUAUGUAUUUAGAUGGUAGGGAUGCUAAGA